AUGCCUAAUACUCCAACAAUUGUCGCGGCCACUGUCGCCACCGUUGCGACAGGUUUCUUAGUAUUCCCGCAGAACAUCCCUCUUUGUCUUAUUCAUGGACUAUAUCUCGAUUUCUUGAGUGAUGUGUUUUUGACAACGCCGUUCGACACUGCUAACCUCUGCCAAAGUGCUGUCUACUUUGACCGUCGCCGGCGAACGGAUCCCAACUUUAGAAAGCAACUGAAGAAGGAGUCUAAACGGCAGGCGCGAGCUGCGAAGGAAGAAGCUGAGGCCCAUACAGUUAGACAAAGACAAGCCGUCAGAGCUGUAGUCGAGGAGGCGAAGGAGGAAGGUUUCCCUAGCGAUGUGGAGGAACGGGAAGCCUAUUUCAUGCAACAAGUCGCCAAAGGAGAGGGAUUGAGUGGAGAUGGCCUCGACAAUCUUGAAGCCGCUCUUUGCUUUUACAAGGCUCUCAAGGUGUAUCCUCAGCCCUCUGAUCUGAUCUCCAUUUACGACAAGACCGUCCCCAAACCGGUUCUAGACUUGCUUGCGGAAAUGAUUGCAUCGGAUAAGGAUUUGAAUGUUGGAUCCUUUACUGGAGGCUCUGAUAGCGGCAUACCUAGCGUAGGACUGGAUUAA